AAAGGUCACUUGACAAUACGACAAUAGACGAAAAGAACUAACAACCAGAGACCAGAGCUGAAAACAAGGGACAAGGGGGCGUGUCUUGCUAAAAUCUCGGGCUUAGUUAAGUUUGUGCGUAUUUUGUUAGCCUAAAAAUAAUUAAUUUAAAAAAAUAAAAUUGUAUGGGUGUAGUAAUAUUUAAUUUUUAAACAAAAAGUUUCAUUUUUAUAAUGUUAUUAUUUUAAUGUUUCAUUAUUCAAUAAAUAAUUAGGCAUUUUGCUUAUGACUUUUUAGUUCCAAAUUGAACCAUUUCAAAUUGAAAUUACAUUUUUAUUAAUUAGACUAGGUCUAAAAAAUUUAACGUGACCAUAGUCUUUGACUAAGACUAAGUCCGUAUAUGAUAAAAGCCUUAAAAGGGCUUAAUUAAUCGUUUCUUUUUGCAUUUAGAGUGGGGAAUUUGCUUUUUACAAGAAAAAGAUUAUUAUUAGUAGGCCUAAUUAAAACUUGAGUUGAAUCACCCAUUUAAUUAUAAAUAUUAUAAUUAUAAAACAUAUCAUUAUUGAUUAGAGCAAUGAAUGUCUAUACUAAGUAUACUAUGUCAAACAUAAUAAAACUUGUCCUUUAACUUUUAUAAAGAGAAAAUAACUGGAAACGUGAGGAUUAUGCCUAAAACUAAAACAAGAAAUGAACAUUUUUGAAAGUGAUUGUGUAUCCAUUGUUGAGGCUGACCCUGAGAACCGAAAACCAUGCAAAGAAAGGCUAUUACAUUUCUUGGAAUCUCAAAAAUUUCAGGUAGAUCUUAAUCUUUGGUUACAUACAUUUUUUUAUUACAUAACUUUUUUCUCAAUGAUUAACCCCCCCCCCCCCUUUCUUUUUUUUUUUUUUUUUUUUUAUUUUAGUCAAAUUUUCUGAUCUUUAAUUUUGAGUUUGCUAUGAAUUGAUUAGUUUAAAGAUAAAACCUGUUUUAGAAAUUAAAUAAAUUGGCACUGGCCUAAAAAUGUUUAAGGGAGAACUCAUACUCCAGAUGCUUCUUAUCCCAGAUUGUAUCCCUUAAUGGGCAAGCCAAUUGUGUGCAGCUCAGAGAUGAUGUGGCCAGUCCCAUAGUUAACACCACAGAACACAGCCCCUGAAAAAGCUGUCAAAGUUUAUACCCACAAGUAGCAAUCCCUGUUUAGUGUUUACAAAUUUGCACACCUCUAAGAUAAAUCAGAUUCCCCCACCCCCUUGGCAUUCAUUAAUCCUUGAAAUCAUUUUAGAUUUAUAAUUCUAAAAUCGGCUUGUGCCAGCUAAUAUUAAAAUCAAGAUGUUAGCUUGUAGCCAUUUUAGGGCAACACAUUUUUACCUUUAGAAACAGUCAGUCCAAAUUUUGGAAAUAAUAUAUUCUUCUUAUAAAGAAUGAAAUGUUUAAAUUAAAAACUGAUUUAUAUACAAACUUUUAAGACUGAAAUGUUAACAAAUGGAGAUGAACAAAGUUUUCUCAAACUGUAAAUCAAAGGUAGGUCAUUCAGAUGACUUGAGAGUAUUCUUCUACAAUAGUUGCAAAUAUUAUACUAUAAAUUGUAUACCGUUAUUGGAUAGGAGGUGUUUGAUAACGGUAUACAAUUUAUACACCUCCUAUCCAUGCAUUGUACAUGGAUAAUUAAAUUAUUAGAAAGUGAAUAUAAAAUAUUUGUUAAAACAUUUAAAAAAAUUUAAUUCUAUUUUUUUACUUUCAGAUAUUUAUUAUUGUACUAGUUUGUGUAGACUGUUUGAUAGUGCUGAUAGAACUGCUUCUGGGAUUAGAAACUUUCAAAUUAGACAUAGACAAAACCUUACAGCAUAAGGUUUGUUAAAAAUUUGUAAUAUUUUUUAAUACUAUUUAAAACUCUUUACUACCUAUUUAUUUAACUUUGUAUUAUUAAAAAACAACAACACUUGAUCAGUGAUAUAAUAUAUAUUUGAACAGGAAAAGUUCCUGCCAAUGGUAUACCUUCUUUCUAGGUAAUGUUUUGAUUUAUUUUAAGAUUAAAUAUUUAUAUAGGCUACUAAAAUAAAUUUAAAAAUAAUGCUCACCCAUCUUUGAUCUGAGUGCCACCUAUGGGUUAAAGACACAAUUAAGUUGGUAUCUUAUGAUCUUGAGGUAGGUGUGGCUAAGAAAAUCUACUUUAAAUUUCAAUUUAGGAGGUUUAGCUGAAAAAAAAAAUUUAAUGGUAUUAAAAGUAAUAUUGCAGUGGAAACAAUGUGUUUCUGGGCCUUCAUUUUUGUAGUUGCAUUUGGUUUUCAUCCCGUUAUGAAACACAUUUUUAAUUUUCUCAGUUGCUUUGCGCUAAACUUUAAUUUCUAUGUAGGGCUGUAGGCUAAUUGUUUUUAUGCUUUUAUUGGUUUCUUACUCUUAGCCUAUUGCCAAUGAACACCACAGUUCCAAUAAUUAUGUGCAUGGGGAAAAAUGGAGCUGGAUCUAUUUGAUCUAUUCAAUAAGUCCUAUCUAGAUCCUGUUUUUCUCCAAGUAAGCAGAAGACAUUAUGAGGGUACCCUGUGCUGAGGGUAUCAAAAUCAAGGUCCAAUUAUGCAGAAAUAACAAAAUUUAUCUGCUAUUUAAAAAAAUUGAACAACUAGUUUACUGCCCUAAACCCUGACUACAGCCUGUGUAUAAAAAUACAUAAAUUUAUAAAUAUAUUGGUAUAUUGCAUUACAUCUUCUUCAGAUAUUUUCUGGUUUAAGUCUUACUAUCCUGAGCAUUUUCAUUGUUGAGGUAAUCUUAAGAAUCUAUGUGAUGCGCCUGGGAUUCUUUAGGAGCAAGAUGGAGAUUUUUGAUGGCCUUGUAGUGAUUGUGUCAUUCAUUCUUGAUAUUGUCUUCUUUGAUCAUGGUGAUGUAUCCAAAGGCACUGGUUUGCUCAUACUGCUCAGACUGUGGAGAGUGGCAAGAGUUGUCAAUGGUAAAUUUCAAGAUAAUUUUUGAAUCACUUUUUUGUGCACUUGAUUAGAGGCUUCAAAAUUUCUUUGGGGGUCAUCAUGAUUUUUUAUGAAAGACAUACAAACCAAUCUAUCUUAUUAAGAACAUCUUUGUAAUCUUAUAAAUGUAUGAAUCAAAGUGGAACUAAUAAUCUCAUGCACUCACUUUGUAUUACAUUAAGCAAAUUAAAUAGUUCAGAGUAAAAAUGUCAAAUCGUGGAUAUUAAUUUGUUUUUAAAACCCUUACAAGGGGCAUUAAAUAAUUUAAGUAGCCUACUAUUAGUGGAGUUCAUUUUAAGACCUGCUGGGCUUUACUAAUACGUGUUGCAAUGAAACCUUUUAAAAGUUAAUUGACAACAAGGGCCAUUUCAUAAUAAAUCUUUUAAGAGCAAGUUUUUACCUUUAGUCUUUCCGAAAUGUUUCUAAAAUAAUUUGCACUUCAAGAACUUUUCUUGUUAUUUAUAUAUUUUUCAGGAGUGAUCUUAUCUGUAAACAGACAGGCUAGCCAUAAAAUAAAAAAGGAGCAAAAUCUCAGACUUGCUAAAGAGAAUGAAUUGAAGGAGUUGAAACUGAAGCUAGCUGAGCUAGAGGCACAGGUUGACAAUCACCGUGAACUCCUCAGAACUCAUAAUAUUUAUCCAGACGGUGGCACUACUGUACUAACACUAAAUGCAGGUGUUUAAAUUUGGUUUCUUUGUUUCAAAAGCUGUUUUUAAUUUUAACAUUAACGUACAGGGCAGAAGAGAGUAAUGUUGGUUGUUAGCUGGGGUUUUCAGGAUGAUCCUGCAUCAAGCACCAUCUCAAUGGGGGAUUAUAUGAUUAUGAUGAGGGAUGAAAUAAUCAAAGUGUUCAUUGAUAUCUGACAAGGGCCUCAAAACAAACAGGUUUAAAUUGUAAAUAUGUAUUAUAAUGAGCUAUUCCUAUUGUACUUACAAAAUAUUUAUUUUUUUAAAUCAUAUUUCUAAAACGUAUGAUUUGUAAAUAUUUUAAUAUAGCUAAGUAAUUCUUAGUGUAGGGCAAAUUUAUUUUAAGAAAAAAUCAUGUCUAUAUUUUUAUAACAUAAUAGCUUUUAAAACUAUUGUUGAUGAGAGCAAAGGUUUAAUAAAAUAUAAUUAUUAUCUAAGUUAUUAAUUAAUUAGUCUGUUGAUAAACUUGAAUGUUCUGCUUUAUUAAGUACUCAACUAAAGUUGCUGAAUUUCUUAAAAUACAAAUUUACCUUUUAGGGCGAGGAUAAAAUAUUCUUUAAAUGAGGAGAAACUGUUGGAAUUUAAGAAGUAUUAUUUUUGGAUAACACAAUAUUUUUUUUUGGUUUCCUAAAAACAUUGACAAUAAUAAUCAUUGAAUUGUUACCUUCUUUCAAUUUAAUGUUUGUUCAAAGAGCUUACGAAACCACAGGAUAUUGAGUUUCAACAUUUAACCAAAGAUUUAAAAAAAAUUAUAUAUUAUUUCUCCACAGUUUGUAAUGUUUCUUCUCCAGAAAUCCUAAAUUAUUUAUAGCAUUUCUUGGAAGAAGUUUUCAGUUUAUAUUUUAAAUCUAUCCCUUUAAUUACUAAUGUACAAUGAAAUGGCAGCCCCUGUCUGGAAGGGAUAUUAUCUCAAUUUAGCAUCACAAAAUGCACUUUUUUUCUGAGCAAACCCUGCCACCUCCCUUUAUAUUUAUUUUAGCAUUCAAUUUUGAAAUGUAUCGCAUAAAACUUACCACACUCUUUAAAAUGUUGGAUGUGACAUCUUUCUGGGUCAAAUCUUUCAGAGAUGAAUUGUAUUUCUUUUAUUUUGCAAAUACAGGCAUUUGUAAACAGUAAAC